GCUCAUCUUGAAAGUUGAAACUUUAUAACUCUCUCUCUCUCUCUCUCUCUCUCUCUCUCUCUACACACACACACACACACACACACACACACACAAACAACAAUCCUCCUCCUCUUUUCCUUCUUUUUUCACAACUCCCCCACACACUCCCCACGAACCCACAUUCUCUUCUUCACCCCCUCUACCUCAUCAAAUCAAAGUCAUCUAACCUCAAACCCAGCAUACACUACCUUAACAAAAAUGGACAACCCUAACAAGUGCUGGGAUGGUGGUGUCUCACUAGAUCAACAACAGCACAAGGCUGUCCCUGCUCCAUUCUUAACAAAAACCUACCAACUUGUUGAUGAUCCUUCCACAGAUCACAUUGUUUCAUGGGGAGAAGAUGGUUGUUCAACUUUUGUUGUUUGGCGCCCUCCAGAGUUUGCCAGAGACAUCCUCCCCAACUACUUUAAACACAACAACUUCUCCAGCUUUGUUCGCCAACUUAAUACUUAUGGUUUCAGAAAAAUAGUUCCUGAAAGAUGGGAGUUUGCUAAUGAAUUUUUCAGAAAAGGUGAAAAGAACUUGUUAUGUGAGAUACACCGCAGAAAAACCAAUUCUUCAAUCACUUCACUCCCAUCUGUUCAACCUUUCUCUGAGCAACACUUUCCACUGUAUCAGUUCAGUGCUUAUGAAGAGCCUCACCGCCUUUUGUUAUGCUCCCCAACUGUUGACACUGGUCUCAGUGUCAACAGUUGCAGGAAUGGCAAUGACAGUGCAACUGCAUUGUUGGAAGAGAACGAGUGGUUGCGCCGGAGCAACGCUGUGCUCUUGUCUGAACUUGCUCACAUGCGUCGGCUUUACAAUGAUAUUAUAUACUUUGUUCAGAACCAUGUUAAGCCAGUGGCUCCAAGUUCUCCUUCAGUGAAUCCUCAGUUACUUUUAUCUGGUUUUUAUGGUCAAAGAAAUGGAGGUUUGAACAACUCUGGGAGCACUACUUCAAGUAGCUCACUCACCAUUGCUGAAGAGCAUAAUACCAAUGGGGAAAGCAGUAGUACUCCUUCUCCUUCUUCUCAGCAGACUAAGCUUUUUGGUGUGAAUCUUAGUGGUGGUGGUUGUAGUAGUAAUUAUAAAAGAGUGUUAGAGAGUAAUCAAGGAGGGUCAUUGCCAUUGUGUUCUUCAACUAAACCACGUUUGGUAUUGGAGAAGGAUGAUCUAGGGUUGAACCUUAAGCCUUCUUCUUCUCAUCAUCCUCCUCCAUCUUGUUGAUUUUGUUUGAUGUGAUGACCAAUCUCUAGUUAAGAUAUUUAAUUAAACCUUCUGUUCAUUUUUUUUUUUCUUUGGCAAGCUAGCUAGUGUUUUGUUCCUUUCUUAUUAUUAUUAUUGUGGUUCUCAUGUACAUAACAAUAAAGUUUGUUCACCAUGGACAGAUGGAAAGUUAAA